GAUUUUUAAGCACCGGUACUGAAGAAGCUCCUGGCAACAACGGUUUCAAAGAUCAAGUGGAAGCUUUGAGAUGGAUUCAAAAAAAUAUUCUAUCAUUCGGUGGUGAUCCUGAUUCUGUAACUAUCAUGGGCUAUAGUGCAGGGGGUUGGAGCGUUAUAUUGCACAUGGUGUCACCAAUGUCACGAGGUCUAUUUCACAAAGCGGUAGCAAUGAGUGGUUCGCCUUUAAUGAUGCCGAUCCCCGACAACAUGUUAGAUCUUGCUAAAAAACAAGCGAGACUUCUGAACUGUCCAGAUGAUACUAUACCUAAUAUGAUAACAUGUUUAAAAAAUGUGCCAUAUGAAACACUUGGAAAUUCCCUUUCAGGAUUUAGGGAAUAUGGUAAAAAUCCAAUCAUCAUCUGGUCCCCAGUUAUAGAAAAAGAUUUCGGUCAACCAAGAUUCCUACCUGAUCAUCCUGACAGACUUAUUGAAAAUGGUCGAUUCCAAAAGGUUCCUCUGAUAACUGGUCAGACCGAGUUCGAGUUUGGAUAUAAAGCUUUUGAAAUAAUCGGGAAUGAGACACUGGAAAAAGAGAUGAAUGAUGAUUUUGAAAAAGUAGCCCCGAUUGCCUUCGGGUAUGAGAGAAAUAGUGACCGCUCUAAACAAAUCAGCCGAGUUCUGAGAAAGUUUUAUUUUGACGAUAAAAAAAUUGAUGAGUCCCAACUGAAUUAUCUUUCUGAGGUGUUGUUCAUCACGACGAUUUGAUAUAUCUCUUUUAUAUUCAGAAGUUAUUUCCAUUAUUUGGAAAAGACUCUCCUACUGAGGUGGAGAUGGUUGAAAAGUUGACUAAAUUAUAUGCGAACUUCGCUAAAACAGGGAACCCUACUCCGGAAUCUAGUGGUAGUCAUGGUGACGUAGAAUGGAAAAAGUUCUCUUUGGAAGAACAACAGUAUUUGGAUAUUGGAAAUGAGGUGAAAAUGAAAAAGAGACUUUAUAAGAACAGAUUUGAUGAAUGGGAAAAGUUAUUUCCCAUACAAAAGUGACCAUGACCAGAAUAUUUUUUCCUUCAAUCCUGACUUUUCUGCUAUUGAAUCAACUGAUAAAAAUUAUAAGAAAUUUGUUUACUUCUGAAAUGUUGUUUUCAUAAGGGCAAUCUAAAUCACAUUUGUUCAAUAAAUGGAUAACAAAUUAUAU